CGUUACAUAGUCGUAUAUAUUUAAUAUUAUCUUUUAUACAAUUAAGUAUUUUUUUAGUUUUUUCAUGUACUUACGUCCAUUCUAGUUCUAAACAUGACGUUUCUGGAGGACAGGGACCUGGAAGACGUUCCGAAUAUUCCAGAAUAUUAUAAAGGGAAAACGAUAUUCAUAACUGGUGGAUCGGGUUUUAUGGGUAAAGUAUUAAUUGAGAAGUUGCUCUAUUCGUGUACAGACCUAGACAGAAUCUACUUACUACUUAGAAGCAAGAAAAAUGUCGCACCGGAAGAUAGAUUGGCUAAAAUAUACAGUUCACACUGUUUUGAUCGACUACGCAAAGAAAAGCCUGGCGUAUUCCAGUCAAAAGUAUUUUUCAUCUCUGGCGACAUUUCGGAAACUGGAUUAGGCAUAUCAGACGAAGAUAGAACUUUACUCGUUAAUAGAACACAUAUCAUAUUUCAUGCAGCUGCUAGUGUAAGAUUUGACGAUUCAUUGAAAACGGCAGCAAAGCUGAACUUAGUUAGUACUAAAGAAGUUAUCGAGUUAGCGACGGAAGUUCGUAACUUAGAGUGUCUCAUCCAUGUAUCUACCGCUUAUUCGAACACAAAUCGAAACCCCAUAGAGGAGGUGAUGUAUCCUGCACACGUAUCCUGGCGUGAGAUGCUCCAAGUUUGCGAAGAAGUGGACGAUCAUACGUUACAGGUCUUGACCCCUAAAUAUAUUGGGGAGUUACCAAAUACUUAUGUGUUUACCAAACAACUAGCCGAACACGUAGCUUACGAGUAUAAAGGAAAGUUACCUAUUGUGAUAAUCAGGCCGUCGAUAGUAAUAUCAAGUCACGAGGAUCCAUUCCCCGGAUGGAUUGACAACUUUAACGGCCCAUCUGGAUUAAUAGUGGGCUGUGGGAAAGGAAUACUCCGCACAAUUUAUUCAAGUCCUGAUAUGAUAUUGGAUUACGUACCAGUUGAUAUUACGAUCAGGGCGUGUAUCGUAGCUUCCUGGAUUAGAGGAACGAAAAUGUUAACACAUACAGACGAUAUACCAAUAUACAACAGCUGUGCUGGAACACUCAAAAAUAUCACCAUACAGGAGAUGUUGGACAUUGGUAACGAGAUUAUAGAAUUUAUACCACUCGACAACGUGAUGUGGACCAGUAAUGUCAUCAUUACAAAAUCAUUAUUUAUGUAUAAUAUCUAUGUUUUGAUUUUGCACUUGUUACCGGCAAUAUUCUUUGAUUUAUUACUUAGGAUAUUUGGAAAGAAACCCAUGUUGCUAAAAAUCCAACGACACAUUUACGUAUCGAAUCUCGCCAUCCGGUACUUUAUAACUCAGCAAUGGACAUUUACCAACACGAAUCUAAUAAAUCUCCGAUCAAAGGUCAAAGAAGUGGACCGUGAGCAGUUCUACUAUGAAAUGGAAAACAUUGACAUAUUUGAAUUCUUUAAGAAUAGCAUCGCGGGUGGCAGGAAAUACUUAUUAAAAGAAAAAGAUGAGGAUAUACCGAAAGCAAUGGCUCAUCGUCAAAGAAUAAUUAUUUUGGACAAGCUGUUGAAAUUCAUUUUCUUCGGUUUGGUAUUCUGGUGGUUACUAAAUACGAAUUUUAUCAAGAAUAUCUUCAUGAUUUAGAAUUGAAUAUAACCAGUGGAUUUUUAAUGUCUUCUUUUCGCUUAUAAUAUAUUUGAUAAAA